AUGGGUGGAUUUGAUUGUUGUAAAAUGGUACAACCAUGGUUGGCAACACCCAGAGGAGGUAUUUGUUGGCCUUUUGUAGGAAAUCUCUCUUCAAUUUCUCGUAAUUCCUUCCUUUCUUCUUCUCUAUCUGUCCAUCCUGGAAUUGAUAUAUUCCUUGUACCAGCAGAACUACAGAAUCGGUUAUUGGUAGCAAUAAUGCAUGGAGAGGCACAUCCAUUAAAUGAUAAAAAAUCGCUGAGGAUGGAUAUUAGAAGAGAGAAUCGUGUUUUCGAUCAUUACUCAACAAUAUCUUCAUGCCGUUCUACAGAUAAUUAUGCAAUUAAUUCAGAGAAACUUGUUCCGGAAGCUAGUGCUGGUUUUCUCUGUAUGUUAGAGACUGCUGUGGAAACGUGUUCAUGUGUUCCAAUGUUAUUAGUUCUUUGGACACUUCAAAAUGACUUGAAUAGUUAUUUCCUUCGUCGUUUUAAUGCAUCCACGAUUUGUACAGUAGGCGAAUUUGAACGUUGUGUUCGUCCAUUUAUUGAAUUUGAUUAUUAUGGAAGUGAAUAUAAUCAACUACCAACUAAUAAUGCAUUCUCAACAAUUAAUAAAGCUAUUAAUAAAUGCAAAAAGUAA